AUGGGACACAAUCAAAGAACUUGCAAGUGGAAAAAGUUAGCUGAAAGUAGGAUUGCAGAUAGUGCCUUUGAGGUGGAGGAACAACAUAAAGAGAUGACUCAAGGUGAUGAUUUUACAUCACAAACUCAGGAUGAUGAUAGCCAGCCCCAACCUCGAAGAAAACUAAUUAUCGUCAUUUCUCAUCACCAUGGAGAACUGAAGCAAACCACCAGCAUAAUCACUUCCUCGUAUAGUGCAAUGAAAGUUCUCUUGAACCUUUUGGUGGUUUUGUGGGCUACUGUGUGCCUUGAAGAGGUGACAUCACACGGGAUUCAACCUCUUUCGACAAUCGCUAUUCAGAAUGCCGUUGUUGAUUUAGAUAGUAAGGCAUAUAUUAAAGCUUCUCCAUCAGUUCUUGGAGUCGACGAAGAAAACACUGAAUCAAUUGAAGUAUAUUAUAGUAGCCCAAUCCCAUCGAGUGACGACUGGAUCGGAGUAUUUUCUCCUGCUAACUUCAGUUCAUCGACCUGCGUCGCAGAAAAUCCAAGAGUUGGGCCACCAUAUUUAUGUACAGCACCUAUAAAGUAUCAGUUUGCAAAUUUCAGCAAUCCCAAGUAUGAAGAAACGGGGAAAGGGUCUUUGAAGCUUCAGUUGAUUAACCAACGGGCGGACUUCUCGUUUGCUUUAUUUUCUGGUGGCGUGUCAAAUCCAAAGCUGGUGGCAGUUUCGAAUGUAGUUUCCUUUGCAAAUCCAAAUGCACCUCUAUACCCACGAUUAGCCCAAGGAAAGACGUGGAAUGAAAUGACUGUGACCUGGACCAGUGGCUAUAAUAUUGAUGAAGCUGAGCCCUUCGUCGAGUGGGGUCCAAAAGGAGGGGAACAAAAGCGUUCUUUGGCAGUCACUCUGACUUUUGAUCGUAACAGCAUGUGCGGUGCACCUGCAAGAACUGUUGGAUGGCGUGAUCCUGGAUUCAUUCAUACUAGCUUUCUCAAGGAUUUAUGGCCCAACUCAGUGUACACUUACAAAUUGGGACAUAAACUGCUGAAUGGCUCAUAUGUCUGGAGUGCUAUGUAUGAGUUCAAAGCAUCUCCAUACCCUGGUCAGAACUCUGUUCAACGGGUUAUUGUUUUUGGUGACAUGGGCAAGGAUGAAGCCGAUGGUUCAAACGAGUAUAAUAAUUUUGAACGGGGGUCCCUUAACACUACCAAGCAGCUCAUCCGUGACUUGAAUAAUUAUGAUAUAGUCUUUCAUAUCGGAGAUAUCUGUUAUGCUAAUGGGUAUCUUUCACAAUGGGAUCAAUUCACUUCUCAAGUCGAGCCAAUUUCUUCAAAAGUGCCAUACAUGAUUGCCAGUGGAAACCAUGAACGUGACUGGCCCGGGUCAGGUUCAUUUUAUGAGAACAAUGAUUCAGGGGGAGAAUGUGGUGUCCCAGCCGAGACAAUGUUUUAUGUUCCAGCUGAAAAUCGAGCUAAUUUCUGGUACUCCACUGAUUACGGCAUGUUCCGAUUUUGCAUAGCUGACACAGAGCAUGACUGGCGAGAAGGAUCCAAACAGUAUAAGUUCAUCGAGCAUUGUUUGGCGUCUGUUGACAGACAAAAACAGCCCUGGCUUAUUUUCAUGGCACAUCGUGUACUAGGUUACUCGUCUGAUGAAACUUACGCAAACGAAGGAUCGUUCGCAGAACCAAUGGGGAGGGAUAACCUUCAGAAGCUCUGGCAGAAGUAUAAAGUCGAUAUUGCAUUUUUUGGGCACGUUCACAGCUAUGAGAGAACUUGUCCUGUAUAUCAGAAUAAAUGUACAAGGGAAGAGAAGAACUCUUACAAAGGCAGCUUGAAUGGGACAAUACACGUAGUUGCCGGAGGAGGAGGUGCUAGCCUCUCCAAAUUCUCGACUCUAAAGCCCAACUGGAGUAUCUUCAGAGAUUCCGAUUAUGGUUUUGUGAAACUAACUGCAUUCGAUCAUUCGAAUCUUUUGUUCGAGUACAAAAGGAGCCGAGAUGGAAAGGUUUAUGAUUCUUUCAGGAUAACAAGGGAUUACAGGGAUAUUUUAGCUUGUGCUGUGGAUAGCUGCCCGAGCACGACCCUUGCUACUUGA